AUGUGUGGCAUCUUCGCUUGUCACAGUCACCCCGACGUCGUGAAAUUUAAGCCGACCGCGCUCCGGCUCGCAAAGGCUAUUCGGCAUCGGGGUCCCGAUUGGAGCGGACAAGUCACUUCCAACAACACGAUCCUGUGCCAUGAGCGUCUCAGCAUCGUCGGUGUUGAGAGCGGUGCUCAGCCCCUAACCAACGCCGAUGAAAGCAUCAUCCUCACUGUUAACGGCGAGAUCUACAACCACCGUCUGAUUCGCAAGAAUCUCAAGACCUCCUACCACUUCAAGACCACGUCCGAUUGCGAGGUCAUCAUUCCUCUGUACAUGGAAUACGGCCUCGAUGCACCAAAGUACCUCGACGGCAUGUUCUCCUUCGUGCUGUACGACAAGAAGCUGGAUCGGACAAUAGCAGCGCGGGACCCCAUUGGUGUCAUCCCCUUCUACCAGGGCUGGCACUCGUCCCAGCCCAAGACGGUGUACUUUGGCUCCGAGCUCAAGUGCCUGCACCCCGUCUGCGACAAGCUCGAGGCCUUCUUACCCGGUCACAUUUACGACAGCCUGACGGGCGAGACCACCCGCUACUUCCAGCCCCAGUGGUGGGACCCCAAGCGGGUGCCGACCACGCCGCUGGACUUGAAGCUCGUCCGCGAGACGCUGGAGAAGGCCGUGCGGAAACGACUCAUGGCCGAGGUCCCCUACGGCGUCCUGCUGUCGGGCGGUCUCGACUCCAGCCUGGUGGCUUCCAUUGCUCAGCGCGAGACCCUGCGUCUGCGGAAGUUGGCCGAGGCCAACGGUGGCCAGGAGCCCGCGUCUUUUGGCGCGCCCGACGACGACAACCACGACAACAUGGAUCGGGGCGAGGGUCUGGUCGGCAUUGACGACGAGAACACGCUCUCCACCGUCACGUACCUUCCCCAGCUCAACUCCUUCUCCAUCGGCCUGCCGGGCUCGCCCGACAACGUGGCCGCCCUCGAGGUGGCCAAGUUCCUCGGCACCAAGCACCACGUCAUGACAUUUACCAUUGAGGAUGGUCUCAACGCCCUCUCUGACGUCAUCUACCACCUCGAGUCCUACGACGUGACCACCAUACGCGCCUCCACGCCCAUGUACCUGCUGUCGCGCAAGAUCAAGGCCAUGGGCAUCAAGAUGGUACUGAGUGGCGAGGGCAGCGACGAGAUCUUCGGCGGCUACCUCUACUUCCACGCUGCCCCCGACAAGGCUGCUCUGCAGGAAGAGACGGUCCGUCGGGUCAAGAACCUGCACCUGUCUGACUGCCUGCGUGCUAACAAGUCCACGUCCGCCUGGGGCUUGGAGGCCCGCGUGCCCUUCCUCGACAAGAAGUUCCUCGAGGUCGCCAUGGACAUCGACCCGCAGGAGAAGCUGAUCACCAAGGACCGCAUCGAGAAGUACAUCUUGCGCAAGGCCUUUGACACCUCGGACGAGCCUGAUGCCCAGCCGUACCUGCCCGAGAAGAUCCUCUGGCGCCAGAAGGAGCAGUUCUCCGACGGCGUCGGAUACGGAUGGAUUGAUGCGCUCAAGGACAACGCCGAGAUCCACGUCACCGACGAGAUGAUGAAGAACCCCAAGCCCGAGUGGGGCGACGACAUCCCGGACUCCAAGGAGGCCUACUGGUACCGCCUCAUGUUCGACGAGCACUUCCCGCAGUCGUGCGCCUCCACCGUCAUGCGAUGGACGCCGACCUGGUCCAAGCAGACCGAUCCCAGCGGCCGUGCCAUUGCCAUCCACAACGCCAAAUACGACGGUACCGAGUAG